ACGUGAUAACGCGUGAAUGCGCCGAAUAUGAGAGUUGGCAUUUAGAUAGCUAGGCCCCAUUCACUGAGCCUUCUUUACCUACCCAUUCAUUAUUUAUGUGCUUCGUACUAAUCAAACUGCUCCAUUCUUAAAACAACUUAUCAAAAACCCAGAAAGGGAUGCUUCAUAUCUACAUUCUUUAAUUCUUUCCAUUUUAGUAGAAAUACUUAGCUAUCCACUAAAUUUGGUAUAUUAUAAGGGGGUUUGAGUGUCAAUUCUUUCAUUAGUGUUCCAAUGAGGAAAUUGGCUUUGCUUCAUCUGCUUUGUGGAAUCUUGGUUUUUUGGAGUGUUUCUGUGGUAAAAGCAGAGGAUGAUUAUAAAUACUUCACAUGGACUGCCACUUAUGGAAUGGCUUCUCCACUUGGAGUUUCCCAGCAGGUGAUCCUUAUCAAUGGUCAAUUCCCUGGUCCUAGGCUUGAUCUUGUCACUAAUAACAAUGUUAUCCUUAACUUGAUUAAUAAGUUGGACGAGCCCCUUCUCUUGACAUGGAAUGGAAUUAAGCAGAGAAAGAACUCUUGGCAAGAUGGAGUUUUGGGAACUAAUUGCCCUAUUCCUCCAAACUCAAAUUACACUUACAAGUUCCAAGCUAAAGACCAGAUUGGAAGCUAUACUUAUUUCCCUUCAACUCAAUUACACAGAGCUGUGGGAGGCUUUGGGGCGCUUAAUGUUUAUGCAAGAUCUGUAAUACCCGUUCCAUAUGCAAAACCUGAUGGAGACUUCAGUUUACUUAUUGGUGAUUGGUACAAGACCAGUCAUAAGGCAUUGCAGCAGAUAUUGGAUUCGGGCAAGUCUCUUCCUUUCCCAGAUGGUCUCCUUAUAAAUGGACAGAAGCAGUCAACUUUCAAUGGCGAUCAAGGAAAAACAUAUAUGUUCAGGAUUUCAAAUGUGGGUUUGAAAAAUACCAUUAACUUCAGAAUACAGGGCCACAAGAUGAAGCUGGUCGAGGUUGAAGGAUCCCAUGUUAUCCAAAAUUUAUACGAUUCUUUUGAUGUCCAUGUUGGUCAAUCUUUAUCCAUCCUUGUCACAUUGGACCAAUCUCCAAAGGACUACUACAUUGUUGCAUCUACAAGGUUCACCACGACUGUUCUUACUACCACUGCAGUGCUCCACUACACAAACUCUCAAACACCCGUAUCUGGACCUGUGCCAGCUGGUCCACCCGACCAAUUUCAGUGGUCUCUGAUGCAAGCCAGAACAUUCAGGUGGAAUCUGACAUCAAAUGCAGCUAGGCCAAAUCCUCAGGGUUCAUUCCAUUAUGGGAAAAUUACACCUUCAAGGACUAUUGUGCUUGCCAAUUCUGCACCACUUAUCAGUGGGAAGCAGAGAUAUGCUGUCAACAGCGUCUCUUAUGUUAAUCCAGACACCCCUCUGAAGCUUGCUGAUCACUUCAACAUUCCUGGUGUUUUCAGUUUGAAUUCCAUUCAAACUAUUCCAACUGCUGCUUCUCCAUCCCUAGCUACAGCUGUGUUGCCAGCUUCUCUCCAUGAGUUCCUCGAAAUCGUUUUCCAAAACAAUGAGGAUACCGUGCAGUCGUCGCAUCUUGACGGUUAUGAUUUCUGGGUCAUAGGUUUCGGAUCAGGUACUUGGACGCAAGAUAGUAGAAAAGAAUAUAAUCUUGUUGAUGCUCUUACUAGACAUACUACACAGGUUUAUCCUAAAUCUUGGACUGCUAUAUAUGUUUCUUUGGACAACCAAGGAAUGUGGAAUUUGAGGUCUGCAAUGUGGGAUAGGCAAUAUCUCGGACAGCAAGUUUACCUAAGGGUCUAUAAUCCAACAGCCAGUUUAGCAAACGAAUAUGACAUACCUACCAAUGCUCUUCUCUGUGGCAAAGCUGUUGGUCGACAUCCUUAAUUUGAUGAAUAUAAGGUCUUAUGUUUUCUUGGUCAUAAGAUGUUGACUACAAGAGAUUAGCUUUACCAAUAAAAAAAGAGAGGUUGACUACAAGAAAUGACGGCAAAAGAAACUACUUGGCUAACUUAUGUUGUACUGCAUCACAAACAAUUGAGUACUACUAUGUGUUUUUUUUAUUGUUGGCUAAGCUAGUUUUUGAUGCAGUUAGUUCUGAGUUUUUACUGCUUAGAAAUUAUUUAUUAAGGGCAUUUUUGUAUUCAAAUACUUCUAUUUUGACAUUCUAAUAUAUAUACUCUUAUUCUGUAUCA